GAAAGAAGCGCGGCAAUGUCUGGCAAAAAUGCCUUUCACCACCCUCUCAAUUCGCCUUAUCUCUCUCUCUCUCUCUCAAAAUCAAAAAUGUCAUUUUCAAUUCAAUUCAGUUUUCUCCAUCUGCAUCGAUCUCCAAUUUUCUUCAGAAUAAUAAUUCAGAUUAAUAGUUAUUAAUGCCAGCCAACGGAUCAAUUUCUAUUUUUUAUGUUGUUUGAUAUUGAUUUGAUUUGAUGAGAAGAAGACAAUAAUAUAUGCAUCUAUGAAGACAGGGGCACGGAAAUCGCCGCCGCCGCACCACCGCCUGAUGCAGUUGUUGUUGGUUAAACUUCUUCUUCUUCGGUGGUUUCCUUUUAACUUUUUCACAUGGAAUGGAAGAUCUUGUUAGUUCUGGAAAUUCUGAGCGUAACAUUGAGCAAGCUCUCAUUGCUUUGAAAAAAGGUACACAGUUACUCAAGUACAGCAGGACAGGGAAACCUAAAUUUCGUGCAUUCAGACUUUCUCCGGAUGAAACAACUCUUAUCUGGUUAUCACAUGGAGCAGAAAAGACUCUGAAAUUAUCUACAGUGUUAAAGAUAAUACCAGGACAGAGAACCGCUGUUUUCAAAAGAUUUUUGCGCCCUGAAAAAGAUUACUUGUCAUUUUCACUUUUAUAUUGUAAAGGUGAAAGAUCUCUUGAUCUGAUUUGCAAGGACAAAGCUGAGACAGAGGUGUGGUUUGCAGGCCUGAAGGCAUUAAUUGGAAGAAAUUCGAAUAGGCGUACCAGGAGUGACCUUCUCGGAAUACCUAAUGGUGAUAUCAUUCAAUAUGGAAGAUCAUUUGCUCCAUCUCUAAAGUUAAAUAAUAGUAUUUGCGAUAGUUCGUCCGUUGAUUCUCGUCAUUCUUUUUCGAAUUUCACAAGCACAGAUGUGGCUUCAGAACAUCCAAAUAUGCAACUAAGAACAAGUGGUGGAGAUGGUUUCCGAAUUAGUGUUUCAAGCACACCCAGCUACUCAAGUACAGGAUCUGGUCCAGAUGACAUAGACUCACUAGGGGAUGUGUAUAUAUGGGGAGAGGUGUGGUUUGAUGGGGCUUCUUCUGAUAGUUAUCUUAGCUUGACAUCUAUGAAUAUUGAUGUGUUGAUUCCUAAGCCCUUAGAAUCAAAUGUAGUUCUUGAUGUUCAGCAAAUUUCUUGUGGUGUGCGACAUGUUGCUCUUGUAACAAGGCAAGGUGAGGUUUUCACUUGGGGAGAGGAAUCUGGUGGGAGACUGGGUCAUGGAAUUGAAAGGGACUUCAGUCGUCCCCGGCUUGUGGACUUCCUGGCAGUUAAUAAUGUGGAUUUUGUUGCAUGUGGUGAGCAUCAUUCAUGUGCUGUAACUACAUCUGGUGAUUUAUUCACUUGGGGUGAUGGUUCUCAUAAUGUUGGACUUCUUGGUCAUGGAACUGAUGUUAGCCACUGGAUACCAAAAAGAGUUUGUGGACCUUUCGAAGGACUACAAAUUUUAUCUGUUGCAUGUGGAACAUGGCAUACAGCCUUGGCCACUAGUAAUGGGAAAUUGUUUACAUUUGGCGAUGGAUCAUUUGGUGUUUUAGGACAUGGAAACCGAGAAAGUGUCACGUAUCCAAAAGAAGUUCAAUCAUUGAGUGGAUUAAAAACAGUUAAAGUUGCUUGUGGAGUAUGGCACACUGCAGCUAUUGUAGAGGUUAUAGGGCAUACAGGUGCAAAUAUGUCAUCAAGAAAAUUAUUCACAUGGGGUGAUGGUGACAAAUACCGAUUGGGGCAUGGAAGCAAGGAGUCAUAUCUGCUUCCCACAUGUGUUUCAUCCCUUAUUGACUAUAACUUCCACCAGCUAGCAUGCGGACGUACUAUGACCAUUGCCCUCACUACGUCAGGACAUGUCUUUAGCAUGGGUGGCACUGAAUAUGGUCAGCUAGGAAAUCCAAAUUCUGAUGGAAAACUACCUUGCCUGGUGCAAGAUAAAUUGGUUGGUGAAUUUGUUGAAGAAAUCUCUUGUGGGGCACAUCAUGUUGCUGUUCUGACAUCAAGAAGCGAACUAUUGACUUGGGGAAGAGGUGCAAAUGGAAGAUUGGGACAUGGGGACACAGAUGAUCGAAAUACUCCAACAGUAGUCGAAGCACUGAAAGAUAGACAUGUGAAGCACAUAUCUUGUGGCUCAAAUUUCACUUCUUGUAUAUGUGUACAUAAGUGGGUCUCAGGGGUUGACCAAUCAGUUUGCUCUGGUUGCCGGCAAGCAUUUGGUUUUACUAGAAAGAGGCACAAUUGUUAUAAUUGUGGGCUGGUGCAUUGUCAUGCUUGUAGUUCAAAAAAAGCACUGAGAGCAGCAUUAGCUGCAACUCCGGGAAAACCACAUCGUGUGUGUGAUGCUUGUUAUGCAAAACUUAAAGUUGCCGAGUCAGGUAGUACAUCUAAUAUUAACAGGAAACUCACUGCUCCAGUAUGUUCAAUAGAUGGCCGAGAAAGAAUAGAGAGGGGAGAGGUAAUAAGGUCUUCAAGGGCUCUGUUUUCUGCCUCUACAGAAGCAGUCAAAUACCUUGAGAUCAAGUCAGGAAAGCCUGGAGCCAGAACUGAUUCUUCAAUAGUUAGAGCCUCCCAAGUUCCAUCACUUACACAACUGAAGGAUGUCGCAUUUCCCAGUACAUUGAGUGGAUUAAAUAAUGGUUGGUGGCCCAUGAUGAUACCGCCAACACCAGCAACACCUCCACAACAGGCAACUAUGCAGCAGUCUGGGGUUCAAUCAAGAUCUACUUCACCAUACUCAAGAAGACCAAGCUCUCCUCGCUCAGGAUUUUCUAGGACUCUUAUUGAAAGACUCAAGAAAUCAAAUGAGGUCUUAACCCAAGACGUAUCAAGACUGCAAAGCCAAAUUAAAAGUUUAAAGCAUAAGUGUGAAACUCAAGACAUGGAGAUAAAGAAGUUGCAAAAAAAUGCUCAAGAUGCUACUAAAUUUGCUGCAGGGGAAACUUUUAAGUCUAGAUCUGCCAAGGAAUUUGUCAAUUCCCUCUCAAAUCAGUUGAAAGAGAUGAUGGAAAGCUUGCCUCCUGAUCUUAAAGAUAAUGAAUCGUUGAAGGCAAUCUGUGCUCAAGCUGAUGCUUUUAUAGAAGCAAAUCUAACAUCUGAAAUCUCUUCUCACCUGCCACCCAAUGCUAACUCUGACCACCAUAAUCCCUCAGAAAGUGCAACUUCUAGCAUGCCAGACAACAACGGCAGUGCAGAUGUGUCCCAUUAUGCUGGGAGAGAGGCUGUGCAUCACCAAUCCAGACCAUCUGGAAUACCUGGAGAUAGAGAAAGUAUAGAGCAAUUUGAACCUGGUGUUUAUGUAACUUUUAUUCAACGUCGAGAUGGUUCUGCAGCCUUCAAACGAGUUAGAUUCAGUAAACGAAGAUUCGACUCCCAUCAAGCGGAAGAGUGGUGGAGUAAAAACAAAGAGAGGGUGCUUAGGAGGUACAAUCAAUUAAGCAGCAAUGCAACUGCUUCAGCUGCACCAGCCUCUAAUGCAACACCCUCCAGUGAAGCGCCCUCUAAUCCAGCGCCUACUGAGGACACAGAAAAUGCAUCACCAUCUUCAUAGUUUACA